GAGGCGGCGUUUCCAUAGCGAGAGAAGUCAUGCUCCGGAAGUGGAGCGGCCAUGUUCCUGAGUGACCCCGGGCGGGAAGAGGCGGCUAGGAGCCCCUGAAGGCGACGGAGGCGCGGUUUCCUCCUCGUUCCUUGAAGACUACCACCCAGUUAUUCGUCCUCCAUGGCAAAGUGGACCCGCGAAGCAGUGUUGGCCCUUUAUCGUGCUCUGCUGCGUCAGGGACGUGGCCUGCGUUACACCGACCGCGAUUUUUACUUCAACUCAAUCCGACAAGAGUUCCGCAAGAACCAGAAGCUUGACCGUCUUGAAGAUAAGGAGAGACAACUGGAGAAAGGCCAGGCUUUCUUGCAAAGCAAACUUGGGGGGUUGGUGUAG